AGGGUUAACUGCCAAAACAAAUCUUCCUUUAUCACAGAAACCACGAAAGGAGAUGAUAAAGUAGAGCUAGAGCCAGAGACCUCCAUUGCAAUGACCUCAUCAGCUCUUCCUCUCCCUCCGCCGCCGCCGUAUCUAUCGCCGUCGCAAUCGUCUCCGCCGCUGAAUCAAACCCACUAUUCUCCUACUUUCGCCCCACCGAACCCAACUCCGAAAACCCCUUCAAUCCGUUCACGCCUCAGCAGGAUCUGCCAAGAAGGAAACCCACAGCUUGCCCGCCAGCUGUUCGACACAAUUCCCAAGCCAACCACUGUUCUAUGGAACACAAUCAUCAUCGGCUUCAUCUGCAAUGGAUUCCCCCAUGAGGCUCUCCAGUUCUACGCUCGGAUGAAAAAGUCGUCCCCUUUCACCAAAUCCGAUUCCUACACUUACUCCUCGACGCUCAAGGCGUGUGCCGAGACCAGGAACUUGAGAAUCGGCAAAGCCGUGCAUUGCCAUUUCGUCCGAUGUUUACCGAACCCGAGUCGGGUUCUGUAUAAUUCUCUGUUGAACAUGUACGUUUCAUGCUUAGACGAAACCGGUCGUUCUGAGUACGAUGUAGUGCAUAAACUGUUCGAUAAUAUGCGAAAGAAGAACGUCGUGGCUUGGAAUACGUUGAUUUCUUGGUACGUAAAGACGGGAAAGUAUGCAGAAGCGACCAAGCAAUUUGCUGUAAUGAUGAGAUUGGGGAUGAGUCCAAGUCCUGUCAGCUUUGUGAACGUUCUGCCUGCGGUCGCGGGUUUAGGGAUUAUUGCGAAAGCUAACGUCUUUUACGGGUUAUUGCUGAAAUCGGGCGACGAGUAUGUGACCGAUUUGUUUGCCGUGAGCUCGAGUAUCUCUAUGUAUGCAGAGCUUGGCCAUCUCGAAUCUUGUAGGAAGAUAUUUGACUCUUGUCUCGGAAAAAACAUCGAGGUGUGGAACACGAUGAUCAGUGCCUAUGUUAUGAAUGAUUGUCCAGAUGAAAGUAUUGAUCUUUUUCUCCGGGCAUUGGGAACGGACGAGAUUGUUCCUGACGAGGUAACUUUCAUCUUGGCAGCGACUGCCGUUUCAGCGUUACAGCAAAUGGGACCCUGCAGGCAAUUCCACGGGUUUGUUGUCAAGAACUUUCAAGAAGUACCUUUGGUGAUGCUGAACUCGUUAGUUUCCAUGUAUUCGAGGUGUGGUUCAGUGUACGAAUCAUUUAGAGUAUUUGAUUCGAUGCCAGAAAGAGAUGUCGUGUCGUGGAACACUAUGGUUAGUGCCUUUGUACAGAACGGUUUAGACGAUGAAGGACUGAUGCUUGUGCACGAGAUGCAGAGGCAGGGGCUCGAGAUAGAUUCUGUUACCGUUACUGCAUUACUUUCAGCUGCUUCAAAUCUUAGAAACAAGGAUAUCGGGAGACAGACUCACGGGUUUCUUCUCAGGCAUGGGAUUCAGUUCGAGGGCAUGGAUAGUUACCUCAUCGACAUGUAUGCAAAGUCGGGUUUAGUUAGAAUCUCCGAGCAAAUCUUUGAGAAAGCCGGGAGCUUUGACAGAGACCAAGCUACUUGGAAUGCUAUGCUUUCUGGGUACACUCAGAAUGGGCUGGCCGAGAAGGCCUUUGCUGCGGUGAAGAAGAUGAUCGAAGAGAAUAUGGAACCGAAUGCUGUAACCGUGGCAUCUAUUCUCCCCGCUUGUAGCCAAAUUGGCAGUAUUGAUUUGGGUAAGGAGCUGCACGGGUUCUCUAUUCGCCAUUCAUUCGAUCACAAUGUCUUCGUGGCAUCUGCAUUAGUUGAUAUGUAUUCCAAGUCAGGAUCAAUAAAGAAUGCGGAAAACGUGUUUGAUCAAACGAAAGAGAGAAACUCCGUCACUUACACUACAAUGAUACUUGGUUACGGCCAGCACGGAAUGGGCGAAAGAGCUCUUUCUCUGUUCCGAUCAAUGGAAGAGUCAGGAAUCAAACUUGAUGCUAUCACAUUUGUUGCGGUGUUAUCAGCCUGCAGCUAUUCCGGCCUAGUAGAUCAAGGUCUCGAAAUAUUCGAAUCAAUGACAAGACAACACAACAUCGAGCCUUCAACCGAGCAUUAUUGCUGCAUUACAGACAUGUUAGGGAGGGUUGGUCGGGUUAAUGAAGCUUAUGAGUUUGUCAAAGGACUAGGCGAGAAAGGGAACACGGUGGAAUUAUGGGGGUCGCUUCUCGGGGCUUGUAGGCUUCAUGGUGAGCUCGAGCUUGCAGAAACUGUGGCGGGAAAGUUACUUGAACUAGAAAAAGGAAAGGACCUUACCGGGUAUCAAAUUUUGCUCUCGAACAUGUAUGCUGAGGAAGGGAAAUGGACUAAUGUAGAUCGGGUGAGGAAAGAAAUGAGAGAGAAGGGUCUAAGGAAAGAAGUUGGUCGGAGCUGGAUUGAGGCCGGAGGACAUGUCAGCUGUUUCGUGUCUAGAGAUAAAAAACAUCCUCAAUCCCAUGAGAUCUACGGAAUAAUUGAGAGAUUGACUAAGGAGAUGAAGGAUGAAUGAAGAAGAAUGUCGAGAGAUUUCUGUUCUAAAAGCUUAUUGGUCAUGCAGAAGGUGAUACUAGACCAGCCAAAAGCUGGAAUUAGUGUAAAAUUUAACCUAUGGACGAAGAGAAAGGAGAGGAAGAGAAUUGCGGGUUCAGGUCCUUCUUCGAGGGUUGCAUCUUUAGCCGUUCCUGGAUCCGAUCUCUGAUGGCUGUUCCCUGAAAUCACCAGCAGAUGCCAUUAAAGGAGACAAUGCAUUGCUAGAAUUUCAUGCGUUAAAGGAA